UGCAGCAGCUGCCCCUUGGGAACGUACAACGAGAUGGCAGCACAGACGGCGUGUGUCUUGUGUCCUGUCGGGAUGUCGUCCAACAUUUCGGGUCAAUCAUGCUACGCUUGUCCCGUUGGUAAGUAUUCGAAUGCUCAGCGCCUUUGCUUGUCUUGCAAUCCUGGGACCUACGGCAACACAAACCAGAGCUCAGCGUGCAGCAACUGUCCUCUAGGGCAGUUCAGUAUGAUCUCUGCCUCGUCUGUCUGUUCAGUCUGCGGUUCUGGAAAGUAUUCCGACAGAACAGCUCAGAGCUUUUGCUCUGAUUGCGCGACUGGAACUUUUUCUGUUGCUAUAGGUCAAUCUUUCUGCUCUCUGUGUCAGUUGGGAAGCUACAACUCGAACACUUCGCAAACAUCUUGCUCGACAUGUGAGGUUGGGACUUACAACAACCAGAGCAAAUCUUCUGCUUGCAGCUCUUGCGCGCCCGGGUAUUUCAAUGGAAUCAUCGGAGCGACGGCAUGUGCUGUGUGCUCCAGAGGAUUUUACAGCAACACGAGUGGAGUUUCGGUAUGUUCGGCUUGUCCGUUGGGAACGUACGGAACAGCACAAGGCCAAAGUCACUGCCAGGCAUGUGCGAGAGGAAGUUACGGCAACUUGCUCAAUUCUUCUGCUUGCUUGGAUUGCGCACCGGGAACUUUUGCGGCCAACAUAAGUCAGAGCAGCUGCCUGGCAUGCCAGCCCGGGUCCUUCACUGUCUCCUCCAGACAAUCCUCAUGCUCCUUGUGCCCCGAGGGAUCCUUCUCCAACUCCAGCGGCAGCACCGCCUGCCUUCACUGCCCAGCUUUGACCGUCAGCGCUGCACCAGGCAGCACAAGCUGCUCGAGCUGCCCACGAGGCAAGUAU